AUGACAAGAAGGAUUUCACUUGAAGGCACUGUUUGGAUCUUGCUUGAUAUAUAUAAUCUAUCUAUCUAUCUAUCUAUCUAUGUAUCUAUCUAUCUAUCUAUCUACCUAUGUCAGUCUGUUCAUUAUCUAUCUAUCUAUCUAUCUAUCUAUCUAUCAUCUGUUCAUUUAUCUAUCUAUCUAUCUAUCUUCUAUGUCAUCUGUUCUAUCUAUCUAUCUAUCUAUCUAUCUAUGUCAGUCUGUUCAUUAUCUAUGUAUCUAUCAGUCUAUUCAUCAUCUAUCUAUCUAUCUAUCUACCUAUGUCAGUCUGUUCAUUAUCUAUCUAUCUAUCUAUCUAUCUACCUAUGUCAGUCUGUUCAUUAUCUAUCUAUCUAUCUAUCUAUCUACCUAUGUCAGUCUGUUCAUUAUCUAUCUAUCUAUCUAUCUAUCUAUCUGAUCAUCUAUCUAUCUAUAUCUACCUUGUCAUUAUCUUCAUUAUCUAUCUAUCUAUCUAUCUACCUAUGUCAGUCUGUUCAUUAUCUAUCUAUCUAUCUAUCUAUCUAUCUACCUAUGUCAGUCUGUUCAUUAUCUAUCUAUCUAUCUAUCUAUCUAUCUACCUAUGUCAGUCUGUUCAUUAUCUAUCUAUCUAUCUAUCUAUCUAUCUAUCUAUCUACCUAUGUCAGUCUGUUCAUUAUCUAUCAUAUCUCUAUCUAUCUAUCUACCUGUAUGUCAGUCUGUUCAUUAUCUAUUCUAUCUAUCUAUCUAUCUACCUAUGUCAGUCUGUUCAUUAUCUAUCUAUCUAUCUAUCUAUCUACCUAUGUCAGUCUGUUCAUUAUCUAUCUAUCUAUCUAUCUAUCUACCUAUGUCAGUCUGUUCAUUAUCUAUCUAUCUAUCUAUCUAUCUACCUAUGUCAGUCUGUUCAUUAUCUAUCUAUCUAUCUACCUAUGUCAGUCUGUUCAUUAUCUAUCUAUCUAUCUAUCUACCUAUGUCAGUCUGUUCAUUAUCUAUCUAUCUAUCUAUCUACCUAUGUCAGUCUGUUCAUUAUCUAUCUAUCUACCUAUGUCAGUCUGUUCAUUAUCUAUCUAUCUACCUAUGUCAGUCUGUUCAUUAUCUAUCUAUCUAUCUAUGUCAGUCUGUUCAUUAUCUAUCUAUCUAUCUAUCUAUCUAUCUAUCUAUCUAUCUAUCUAUCUAUCUAUCUAUCUAUCUAUCUAUGUCAGUCUGUUCAUUAUCUAUCUAUCUAUCUAUCUAUCUAUCUAUCUAUCUAUCUAUGUCAGUCUGUUCAUUAUCUAUCUAUCUAUCUAUCUCUAUCUAUCUAUCUAUCUAUGUCAGUCUGUUCAUUAUCUAUCUAUCUAUCUAUCUAUCUAUGUCAGUCUGUUCAUUAUCUAUCUAUCUAUCUAUCUAUCUAUCUAUCUAUGUCAGUCUGUACCAAAAGUGAAUGAAUAG